AUGCGAACUAAACAAUCCAAUCAUAUUAAUACGACUACGGCUACAACUUCUGCUACUACUUUGAAUACAAUAACAACAACAGCAAAUACCGCCAAUGCUAAAACAAUCAGCAACGCACAAAAUAAUAAUAUUCCAUUGAAUUGUCAUAAAUCUUUCAAUAAUUCAUUACAAAUAUCUCAACAGAAUCGUCGUAAUGCUUUCAUUCAUUAUUUACAAGAUAUAUGCAAAACUUGUGAAAUGCCUAAAUCCACGACAACAACGACAACACCACCAACAGCUACGCCAACGACAACAGCUACAACAACCGUUGAUUGUGUUGAUCUCGGUCAAUGUCAUCAAUAUGCUAAAAAUGCUCAUUGUCAUCACUGUGAACAUAAUGAUAAUAAUAAUAAUAAUAAUAAUAAUAAUAAUAAUAAUAAUAUUAAUCAAUCGGAAAAAUAUGAAAAAUAUUUAGAACAGCUACUUAUCACAUCGAAUAAUAGUCUCAAUCAUGCUUCUACUAUUACUACUGUGAAUAAUAACAAUAAUGUCAAUCGUCAAUGUCCAGCACCAACUUAUACAAAUCCAUUAAAUUGUCCAUUAUCUAUGCUAUCGUUUGUAAGUAAUUUAAAUAAAAUCGAUAAUACAGGAAGAGUAAAUGAGAAUAAUAAUGAUUGUGAUUAUGAUGAUGAUGAUGAUGAUCAAAACGAAAACCUAGUAGAAGUAGUUCCUACAGAGGUGGAGAAAACUGAUCAACGCCGAAGACGACCACGACGUCAACGACAAUGUCGACGACAGCCACAACAACCGAAACAACAGCAUCGCUAUCGACAUCGACCACAGAAACAAGCACAAGGAAGCGAGAAAUGUCAACAGAAUAAACAACAAUGCCCAUCUGUAUCUAAUAAUCGCGAUAAUGAUAAAAUAGACUGUGAAAUUUUGUCCAUUCCAUUCUCUUCUUUUGUAUCAUCCACGUCGCCUUCAUCGCCAUCAUCAUCAUUAUAUACUAUCACUAAUAAUUGUUCCAAUUUAAAACAUGAUUUGAUUACAACUUCUUCUACUGGAGGAUUUUAUAAUUUCAAUAUGCCUAAACUAUCUAUGAAUGAAUCAACAAUGAAUACAUUGAAUAUAAAUGAUUUAUCAUCUAAAUUAUCUAAUUUAAAAAAUAAUAUUAAUGAUAUUUUAACAUUAAAUAUAGAGAUCACUAGUGAAGAACAAAGAAAACUAUUAUGA